CUUGAUAAACAAUAUAAUCAUUGUGUUUGUUAGAAGAAAAUCACGAAUUGUGAAAUGCGUGUUUAAAAGCAGUUAUUUCGUUAUUUUCUCUCAGAUAAGUAUUUUUAAAAACUUCCUUCGUGCACGACAGAAAGAACCGUUAAUUUGUAACAUUUAUUUGAAAACACUUAUUUCUUUUAUUUCGUUAAAAUUUUGAGCACCAAAAGUAGACAGAAUGGUAGAUCCAAUUGUAGAUUUUUCAGAGAAAAUCAAGACCCAAAAAUGGUUGGAUUAUUAUCUUCCAAAGAGAUAUAUUUUUGUUUUUCUCGCACUUGUGGGUACUAUUUGUAUGUACGCUAUUAGAGCCAGUAUCAGCGUGACCAUUGUCGCGAUGGUCAAGCAGACAGUGGUAUUACCCGAAAAGAGAUCUUUGGAUAGCAUAGCUGAGUGUCCAAACUUUGAUUAUAAUCAAUCAAAGAUUGACAAUGAAGAAUAUAAAGGCGAGCAGUAUGAUUGGAACAUUCAGAAGCAAGCAGUUAUUCUUGGUUCUUAUUUCUACGGUAACAUUGCUACACAGUUGCUCGGCGGUGUUCUGGCGGAGAAAUUCGGUGCCAAGCAUGUGUAUGGUAUUGGAAUACUUCUGACAGCAACAGUAUCACUGCUUUUUCCUCUAGUUGCCAGUUGGAGUUAUGUUGGCGUCAUUGUUAAUCGAGUCAUACAAGGUCUUGGCGACGGGAUGACGUUUCCGGCAAUUAAUUUCGCGAUCAGCAAAUGGUCACCAGAGAGCGAGAGAAGCAGGUCUUCAGCUGUUAUAUUUUCUGGAAUGCAAAUAGGCACUGUCAUUGGAAUGCCCAUUGCUGGACUGCUCUGCACUACAGAUGCAUUAGGAGGAUGGCCAUCAGUCUUCUAUAUAUUUGGUGUUAUUGCUUGCCUAUGGUUUGUGUUUUGGCUUGUUUUAAUUCACGAAAAUCCAUCAACACAUCCUAGUAUUUCCAAAGAAGAAUUACUUUACAUAGAAGAAAACAAAACUGAAAUCAAGAAAAAGAUGUCAAGAGAUGUUUGGAAAAGCAUAUUCAUGUCUGUUCCCGUAUGGGCUCUUGCCAUAGCUCAUUUUGGAUUCGAUUAUGGAUUUUUAGUAAUACUAACAGAGCUGCCUACUUACCUAAGCACUGCCUUGAAAUAUGACCUUAAAUCG